UAUAAUAUACACAAUAAAUGACUGUCUCAUUACCAAAUACAUGUAUAUACAAUAAAUGAAUAAAUUGUGAAAAUUAUGCAUGUUCAAAUAAAGUGCUUCAAAUCAGAAAAAAGGGAUAAAAACAUGAAACUUGAAUUUCCCCUUAUGUUUCACAUUUGAACUCCACAGUCUUGACCAAUUAUAAAUAAUACAUGUAAACACUGUAGCUUGUUUAGAAGUGCUCCCAGUGAAAUCGGUAUAAGCAUAUAAGCAGGAAUGGAGAGCGGCAUUUGUUCCUCAUCUUUCCCACCCGUCCCUUUCUCGCACUUUCUCUGUCUCCUUUUUCUCAUUUGGCUAACUUUCUUUCUCCUCCUACCGGCUUUUUAUUUGUAAUUUGCCGCUAUCUAUUCAAUGCAAUUGUUCUGUGCAACCGUAAGGACCAAAGCUGCGCCGGAUCCGGACUGCGGUCCGCCAGUUUGCAACAUCUGCUCUAAAGUAUUUCCACCUGAGCUAGAGAUCGCUGGCUCUAUGAAUCAAGAAAGCGAGUGAAAAGCGUCUUAAUCUUCUUGAAUUCAAAUGUCAGUAACAAACUUGAGAGACAAAGUCCAUCCGGGCUCAAAAUGAACUGAACUGAGAAACUUGUGUUCUCAGUUUGAACAACAGGCUGCCAGUUUCACAUCACUUUAAAACAACCGCACAAACAAACACGUGGGUUUGACGUUUGACUCAGCCACCCGGGUGGAUGAAGAGUCGUCAACAUCUGAGGCGUAAACAACCCUCCUGUGUUCGCGGGACGUUGGUUUCUCACGGUGCCGACCUGGUUAACGUCUCUGAAAAACAUUUUAUCAAACAAUAUUUUGUUUUGAAUGGCGGAUAAAGGAAUUUGACAAAUUACAAUGACCACUUUAUUAUUAGAGGUCCUCACACUGAUACUGUGGACCGCAUGUUCUUUCCAAUCCUCCUAGCAGCUGCUCUCGUUCAUAGAAAGUUCAUCACUGCCUUGACACUGUUUCCAUCUAUAAGGACUUCCUAGAAAUAUUUAGCAUCCUUGUUGGUGGAGCCGAUUAAGAAACGUUUGCUUCUGCAAGAUUUUUAAUGUUCGACUGAGUCAGCGUGAAAAGCUGGAUUCAAACAUUUCUCUUGCAUUGAUCUGUUCGACCUAUUUCUCAACUCAGGCUCAGCUGCGGGUCGUGACCUUGCCUCGGUGCCCGCCAGUGUUCACGGCCUCAAAUGUAAAUGUUUGUGAGCCUGAUCUGUGAAAAGCACUGAAUUCUAUUUUUGCGACGUCGGGGAAAGGGAAAACUUGUCUAAAAAAAUUGUCUAAUGUGCAAUACGUCCCAGAUGUUUUUGUCGCUCUUAAAAACGUAUUACCGAUUUAUAAUUACUGUGCAAAAAUCCACAUGCAGUUGCAGUGACGAUAUAAACACAGCAAUGAUGAACAAUAAACCGAGUAGAAUAAGCAGAAAUGAUUAAACAAACAUCAGUCUUCGAGAUGUGCAAGCACCUGAAAACACCUGGUGGUAAACAAGUCUCUCCAGAGGGCAAGUCGAGGUCAGAACACAGAGCUGCUCUCAUUGGCUGGAGGCGGUCAUGGUUUUGCCCACAAGCCUUUUUUUAAGACUGGCAGAUCCUCAAAUCUCUACUGCAGAGACUGUGGGGAAGCUUUUGAGAUGCUGAACGUUACAGCACGCGACGCUGACUGAUCUGGAGAGCCGUCCCGUGCCAACGACCGGGUGCCAGUGUCACGCAUGCCGCGACCAAAUGACUCAAAUGUGUCCGAAGCCAUGGACCUCAGUAUCGACUACGACAACGAUUUCGACAGCUAUGACUUUAACAACUCGUUGGGGAACACAAGCAACGUCUCAUACUCCGACGACUGGUCUUCCGACUUCUGCGAGGCCAAGGCCGAUCAGGAGGUCGCCAUUAAGACGUUCCAGGUCUGCGUCUUCGUCCUGAUCUUCCUGCUGGGCGUGACUGGGAACGGCCUGGUGAUCGCCACCUUCGCCCUCUACCGCCGGCUGCGCCUGCGCUCCGUCACCGACGUCUUCCUCUUCCACCUGGCGCUGGCCGACCUCCUGCUGCUCCUCACGCUGCCGCUGCAGGCCGCCGACACGCUGGGCUGGAGCCCCUCGAUGGCCCUCGACUUUGUCGUCCGCACCUGCUACGCCAUCAACACCUACAGCGGCCUCUUGCUGCUGGCCUGCAUCAGCGUGGACCGCUACCUGCUGGUGGCCUGGGCCCAGGAGAUGCUUCGUCUGCGCAGGCGGAUGCUGACGGGCGGGAGGGCGGCGGCCGCGGGAGUGUGGCUGGUGGCGGCGCUCCUCAGCCUCCCCCAGGUCCUCUACUCCGGGCUGGCGGGGCGCGACAGUGAGGCCUACUGCGGCCUGGUGAAAUGCGAGCAGGUCAAAGUGGCCACCAACGGAGCCGUCAUCGCUGUGUUUUGCCUGUCCCUCGCCGUCAUGGCGACGUGCUACUCCCGCAUAGCCUGUGUGCUGUGGGACGGGAGGGCGUCGCGCCGGGGGAAGCAAUGGCACCGGCAGCGCACCCUGAAGCUCAUGGUGGCUCUGGUGCUGGUGUUCCUGGCGUUCCAGCUGCCGUACACGGUGUUGCUGUCGCGCAAGAUGGCGGGGCCCUUCUGCGGCCUGCUGCUUGAGUACGUCACCUGCACGCUGGCGUACGCCCGCUGCGGCCUCAACCCUGUCCUGUACGCGCUGGUGGGCGAGCGCUUCCGCAACGACGUGACGAGGCUCGUCCACAACUCGGGCUGCCGGCGGGGCCUCCGGCGGGCCCCGCAGAGCCUCGCCACUAACUCCAUCUCCGUCUCCUCUCCCGCCUCGGCGCUGCUGGCUCGCUCGCUAACGUCCCCUGGACGCGGGGAGUGUUCCGACAACAAGGCGCCGCUUCCCGUCAUAUUUCAGUUUCCGGAAAUCGAAUAAUCCUUCACGCAGGCAAUUCGUGGCUUUUGAAUUGUUAAUUUACGGCACUAAGUGCAGCUUUUUCUUCAUUUAAAAGAAAAAUGAAUCUGUUUAAUAUUUUUUUUACAUAGGCUACUU